AUGAAAGGGAAGGGCCAGGCUGCAGUGAACGAUAUGGUACAAAAGACUAACCUAGCUUUUAGCCCAGCUGUUAUGAGUUGUCCUCUACCUAGCAAAUUCAAGAUACCAACUCUUGAGAGCUUCGAUGGGACGCGGGACCCUCUCGACCAUUUGGAGACCUACAAAGCUCUUAUGUAUUUGCAAGCCGUACCGGACGGGAUUAUGUGCAGGGUUUUCCCUACCACACUCAAGGGUUGGGCUCAUCUCUGGUUCAAUAAAUUAAAGCCAGGCUCCAUUGAAAACUUUGAAGAGUUGAGCAAACAAUUCAUAGAACACUUCAUCGCUGGGCAGAAGCACAGGAAACCAGCAACACAUUUACUUAAUGUGAAGCAGCAGAAGGGAGAGUCCCUUCGUGAUUACAUAAGUCGUUUUAACACUGAAAUGCUGCAAGUUGAAGAGGUGGACGACAAGGUUGCCCUCACAGCCUUUAUGGGAGGACUACAGACUUCUAAGUUCCUAUUUUCCUUAUCAAAGGAAGCCCCUACAAGCAUGACAGAGUUGAUGGUUAGAGCGCGGAAGCACAUGAACGCUGACGAUGCUAUGAAUGCACGAAAAAACAAAGAUGGUGAAGAUAAGAGGUCGGAUAAGAAGAGGCUAACACCUAGCACUAGGGAGGAAAGGGAAUUGAAGUACAAGAAAUUCUCAAACAACCAGGCUGACAGAUCGUUUCGCCGCCCAACGAGCCCAGGCAGGUUUCACCGGGACCAUGGACAUAACACAGAGGAUUGUUUUGACCUCAAAAACCAGAUUGAGAACCUUGUUCGUAAAGGUCAUUUAUGCAAAUUCACAACUAGAAAUGGAAAAGGAGGCUCCAACCCAGCCCGGGAGGGCCGAGAUGAUCGCCCUCCUCAACACCAACCAAUGGGUGAGAUCAAAGUUAUAUCGGGUGGCUUCACUGGUGGUGGUGAGACGAGUUCAGCUCGGAAGGCUCAUGCUAGAAGAAUUCGGAGUUUUUCAGAGGUGAAUGAAGUUGGAAUGACAAGUCCUCCAACCAAAUUACCUCGAGUUGAGGAGCCGGUCAUAACCUUUUCUGAAGAAGAUGACAAGGGAAUUCACCAGCCCCAUGAUGACCCUCUGGUAGUUUCCAUGGUCGUUACUAAUUUCACUGUUCGACAAAUACUAAUAGACAAUGGUAGCUCGGCUGACAUACUAUUUCUUAGGGCGUACGAGAAAUUGAAAAUUGGCCGAAAUAAGCUCCGACCCAUGAAGUCACCACUGGUGGGAUUUUCAGGCGACAAAGUAUAUCCACUGGGGGCAGUUACCCUUCCAGUUACUGCAGGAGCCAAUCUAAAGCAGGUCACUGUAAUGGUGGACUUUGUAGUGGUGGACUGCCCAUCAUCAUAUAAUAUUAUCCUGGAGAGAACGACAUGGAAUGCUAUGAAAGCAAUCAUGUCCACUUACCAUCUCCUGAUGCAUUUCCCAACUGAAUAUGGUAUGGGAGAGAUAAGAGGGGACCAAACAAUGGCUCGCGAAUGUUAUGUCGCCUCUCUCAGAAAAAUAAAAUCGCAAGAGGCAUUUAUGAUUGAAGGGCUGGAAGGGAAAGAUAGACCAGACUUUCAUAGAGCGGAACCUACAAAGAAGCUAGAAGAGGUCAUCCUUGGUGAGCCCAAAAAAAAAGUGAGUAUAGGGUCUUUACUCCCCCCAGGUAUCAAAGAUGAACUUACUCAAUUCCUCAGGAAGAAUCAAGACGUAUUUGCAUGGGUACAUGAAGACAUGCCGGGUAUAGACCCCACUAUCAUGGAGCACCGCCUAAAUGUAAAUCCUGACUUCAAACCUGUCAGACAAAAGAGGAGGACUUUUGCUCUAGAAAGGAAUUAG